GUCUCCAAGGCCGCCAAAUGGCUUCUGUUUUCAGCGGCGUCUGCAACACUUGCCCUUUCCGACGGCGGCCGAGUCGAGUUGGGUUCCCAGCAGUCCUUAUCGACAUGGAGCACAGCCUGCAUGAGCGCGACCGCGUGGGGGUCCAGGAUGCCGUCAUGCUGGAGAACCACACGGACGAGCGGGCCUUCGUCGAGAACCUCAGGAAGAGGUUCAAGGAGAACCUCCCCUACACCUACAUCGGCCAGGUCCUGGUCUCGGUGAACCCCUUCCAGGACCUGCCCAUCUACACGCCGCAGGUGAUCGAGGAGUACCAGAAGACGCACUUCUUCGACGCGCCGCCGCACAUCUUCGCCGUGGCCGACACCGCGUACAGGUCGCUGUGCAAGGAGAACCGGGAACAAUGCGUGCUUAUUUCUGGCGAGUCCGGCGCGGGCAAGACGGAGGCCUCCAAGAAGGUGCUGCAGUACAUCGCGGCGGCCACCGGCAAGGGCCGCACCGUGGAGGCCGUCAAGGACAAGCUGCUGCAGUCCAACCCGGUGCUGGAGGCGUUCGGCAACGCCCGGACCAACCGCAACAACAACUCGAGCCGCUUCGGCAAGUACAUGGACAUCGCCUUCAACUACCGCGGCGACCCCGUGGGCGGCAACAUCCUCAGCUACCUGCUGGAGAAGUCACGCGUGGUGCACCACAACCCGGGCGAGCGCAACUUCCACAUCUUCCACCAGCUGCUGGCGGGCGCCGACGACCAGGUGCUGGCCAAGCUCAAGCUGUCCCGUGACCCCGCCCAGUACCACUACCUGACCAACGGGCACCAGGUGAACCGCGCGGACCUGGAGGUGAGCACGGACAGGGCCGACUUCCAGGCCAUGUGCCGCGCCAUGUCCACCAUGGAGCUGCAGCAGGAGGACCAGGACGCCAUCCUGGCCAUCGUGGCGAGCGUCCUGCACCUGGGCAACAUCACCUUCGCCGAGGUGGACGGCGUGGCCGCCGUGGAGAAGCCCAAGGAGGUGGCCAUCAUCGCCGAGCUGCUGGGCUGCGACGCGCGCCGCCUGAGCGAGGCCCUGGUGAGCCGCACCAUCGACGCGCACGGAGACAAGGUGACGUCCCCGCUGUCGCGCGACAUGGCGGUGUACGCCCGCGACGCCCUGGCCAAGGCCGUGUACGACCGCCUCUUCACCUGGCUGGUCCGCAGGCUCAACUUCAGCUUGCAGCCGCCGCGCGAAGAGCGCAACGACGUCGUCAUGGGCAUCCUGGACAUCUACGGCUUCGAGGUGUUCCAGAAGAACAGGUGGGGCUCGGCAUGGCAACCGCCAGAAUUCAAAGCUUGCGGUGAAACUAACACACUGUUUUCUUGGUUCAGCUUCGAGCAGUUCUGCAUCAACUUCUGCAACGAGAAGCUGCAGCAGGUGUUCGUGGAGCUGACGCUCAAGUCCGAGCAGGACGAGUACCUGCGCGAGGGCAUCGAGUGGGAGGCGGUGACGUACUUCGACAACAAGGUCAUCAUCGACCUGAUCGAGCAGCGGCACCGCGGCCUCAUCGCCCUCCUCGACGAGGAGUGCCUGCGGCCCGGCGAGCCCACCGACCUCAGCCUGCUGGCCAAGUUCAACGAGCACCUGGACGGCCACCCGCACUACGUGUGCCACCGCACCGCCGACAAGCAGACCCAGAAGACGAUGCAGCGCGAGGAGUUCAAGCUGGUGCACUACGCCGGCGACGUGACGUACCGCAUCGACGGCUUCCUGGAGAAGAACAACGACCUGCUGUUCCGCGACCUCAGGGAGACCAUGACGUUCUCCACCAACUCGGUUACCCAGACCACGUUCCCCGAGAGCGAGCUCCGCACCAAGAAGCGCCCCGAGACGGCGGUGACGCAGUUCAAGAACAGCCUGAACCGCCUCAUGGAGAUCCUGAUGUGCAAGGAGCCGUCGUACAUCCGCUGCAUCAAGCCCAACGACUUCCAGGCCGCCGGCAUCUUCACCGAGGAGGUCGUCAUCCACCAGGUCAAGUACUUGGGGCUGAUGGAGAACCUCCGCGUGCGGCGCGCGGGCUUCGCGUACCGCCGGCCCUACGAGGCGUUCCUGGAGCGCUACAAGAGCCUGUGCCCCGCGACGUGGCCCAACUACCGCGGCCCCGCCAAGGACGGCGUCGGCACGCUGGUGAAGCACCUCGGGUACCAGCCCGACGACUUCCGCAUGGGCAACACCAAGCUGUUCAUCCGGUGGCCGCGCACGCUGUUCAGCACGGAGGACGCCUUCCAGCAGCACAAGCACCACAUCGCCGCCAUCAUCCAGAAGGUGUGGAAGGGCCGGCGGCAGCGGCAGAUCUUCCUGCGCAUGCGGGCGGCCGCCAUCCAGAUGCAGGCGCUGGCCAGGGGCUUCCUGGCGAGGCGCAGGGCGGACCGGCGUCGCCAGGCCGCCGUCACCGUGCGCAAGUUCAUCGAGGGCUUCAUCACGCGCAACGGGCCGCCCACCGACCUCAACAGGCGCUUCAUCAUGCUGUCCAAGUGCGAGUACCUGACGCGCCUGUCGCGCUCGCUGCCCAAGUCCGUCCUGGACAAGUCAUGGCCGCCGGCACCGCCGCACUGCACCGAGACGUCGCAGAUCCUGCGCCGCCUGCACACCUCCUGGCAGGCCAGGAAGUACUGCCUGGGCCUGAGCGCGCAGCGCAAGCGGCAGCUGCAGCUCAAGCAGCACGCCGAGGAGCUGUUCAAGGGGAAGAAGAAGAGCUACCCGCAGAGCGUGGGGCCCUUGUUCGUGGAGGACAGGCUCAGCGAGGAGCAGCGGGCGCUGCUGCCGUCCUUCAGGAACUCGACCUCGGAGAAGAUCAGGUACUGCUGCCCCGUGACCAAGUUCGACCGGCACGGCUACAAGCCCCGCGAGCGCGCCCUGGUGGUGACGGACGACGCGCUGUACCUGCUGGAGGGCCGCACCUUCAAGCUCAAGCACCGCCUGGCCUUCGAGUCGCUCAACGAGGUCGCCAUCACGGCCGAGGGCGACUCGUUCCUGCUGCUGCGGAUCCCCACCGACCUCAAGAAGGACAAGGGUGAUCUGAUUCUGCAAGUUCCUCAUCUGAUUGAGGCGGUUACCUUAAUCGUGGACUCUGCAAGGAAACCUCAGAUGCUCAACAUUGUCGAAGGAGGAACCAUUUCACAUACGUACAGCGGAGGAAGUGGAGUCAUCGACAUCACUAGAGGAGCAAGUCCAGCCAUCACCAAGGGGAAGCAAGGCCACCUCAUUGUAGUGGGUUAGCCACUAUAAGGUCCAAUAGUGCCGCAAACUAAUGCAGAAGAGUCUUACUUUUAUGUCCGUACUUCAUAAAAUAUUUAAACUGUAAGAUAACACAAUUAUGAAUUAAGUAAGUCUCUUAAUUGACUGCAUUUGUGUAUGUGAAUAUUGUGUAUAGUGUUUGAUAAAGCUUUAAACUAGUUUUUGGUUUUUAAGUAUUUGGGCUGGAUCCCAAGUACUUAUAGCUGUGAUUCAGGUUUUCUUUUUAUUAAAGUCCUUUUGAGAUUUAGCUGUGAAUGAAAGCAUAAUUGCUCUAAAUGCCAUGGUAAGAUUUUUAAUGUGUGG